UCGCCCUCAGUUCAGAGCGAGACGCGGGUGGCAGAAGUGAACUUCUACGCUCUGAGGGUGGGCCGAUGUCGCAGUGCACAUUUCUGUAGCUCCUGUGUGCUGCAAACGCGCCUUCGGGCCCCGGUGUGCGUUUCUGGUGUGUGUGUGUUCAUGCAUGCAGGGUUUUCCCGUGUGCUCUGUGCUCUCUUAUCUGCCGGCGACGUAUUGAUUCGCCGUCAGCUGCGGCGUUCUUGAGGGCGCAGUCGAAAUGAAAACCGAAUGGACGUGUGGGAGUGGAGAUCCGGUACGAAAGUUGUGCUAAGAAGUCGUAAUAGUCGCUGAAAUUGUGUUCAAGUGUUGAAGUAAAAUUGCUGCAAACUAUUCUUAACCGACCGUAGGUCUGUCGCGUUGGAUGAUUCAUAAAUGGCGAAUCCUAAAGAAUAUGGGACGAAGCCGUCGUGGCCCAGGAUUUCUCGGGAAGACCUGACCGAAUCGACGAACAACCCUUCGGGACAGCCAGCCAUUCUUCAGCUCGAGGCCUUUCGUUGAGAGCGUAGACGCGGCGAUGCGAGCGUCUUGCUUUCUCCAGUCACUCCGCGGGGAGUGUUGAAUGGCCGCUGCCGUGCGUUCGUCUUCAGGGGUUUCAAGACCGACGUCUUUAGGGGACGGCGAUCGGCGCCACGAGAGGAAAACAGUGAAGACUAAGCGAAACGAACUGAAAGUUGUGUUGAAUCUGGAUAAAGAUGAGGCGGAGGCGAAGAUGGUCGAGCAUUUGUUGACCGAGACUGUGGGUGGCCCACUUCCGACUGCAGCGGAAGCGAGUGUCAGCGUCGUCGCCUCGAAGCUCGACGUGCGUCGUCGCAAGCGCCAGCCGCUGAUUCGGCUCUGCAGAGACGAGGCACAAAAGCGGACGUGCGGUGUUCUCGGGAGUCAUCUGCAACGGGAAGCCGCGGUCAAAGCCUGGCGCGACGGGCAGUCAAAGCUCCAUUUUCAGAAUGGCGGUGUUGGUAAUGGAGAAUUAUCUGCAGUGUCAGUUCUUGCUAGACUUGGUUUGGCCGUUGAUGCUCAUGGAGGUUUUUUGAGGGACAGACCAGUCUCCCUUCUGAGCAGUGGAAUUGGCAUCAACCACAAGGAGGAUGUUAUGGAGGAGCCCAAAGAAGAGGAUGAAAAGAAGAUGACAGAGCAGCUGCGCAGACAAAAAAAUGAUGAUGAUAAUUCUUCAGAGGAGGAUGGAGGUGAUGGAGCAGGUGGAGAUUCCAAGAUGACAAGUAGUGGAACGCAGACUCAGCAGGUGCCAGAGUCUGUGGAAACUCAUAAUAUUUCUGCUUUGUACCAUGGGACGUGGCCUGUUGAAAGAAGCCUGUGGCACAGUGGGCCCAGCUGCAUAGGCGGGACAAGCGGGAGCAAGAGCGUCACACAGGAUGUGUCGAGCGUGAUGAGUUUUACGUCGAGCGUGGGUUCGGCAAGUGGGGGCAUGCUGCCCGAUGAUGUUGCGGCAGCACGUCGAACCUACAGCCAGCAGCAGUUAGGAGCCAAAGUGGAGAUAGUGUACAGCCUCCUGUCUAUGCUGGGGACCCAUGACCGGGAGGACAUGAGUAGGACGCUGUUAGCCAUGAGUAGUUCUCCAGACAGCUGUGUUGCUAUGAGACAGUCAGGUUGCUUACCCCUGCUGGUGCAGCUCCUGCAUGCCCCAGACUCUGACACAGAUGUAAGACAGCGUGCAGCAUUAGCUCUGCAUAACAUGGUUCACUCUCACCCUGAUGACAAACGAGGGCGUCGUGAGGCGAGGGUGCUGCGACUGCUGGAGCAGGUGCGAGAGUAUUGCGACUCCCUUCGUGAAAUGAUCGGUGAUGCCGCUCCAGCUGAAAAUGGACUGGAUCGUCAGGAACCUGCCCUUCAAGCAGCUACAAGAGUUGAUCAGGAAGUAUUGUUUUUGGUGUUGAGAGGGAAUGUGGAGGAAGUAAGUUUAGCUGGACAAGGUUCUUCUUGUUCUCUGGUACUAGACGACAUGGAGCGGCAUCCGGGACCCACCGUUGCUGCCCUGAUGAAACUGUCCUUUGACGAAGAGCAUCGUCAUGCCAUGUGUCAGCUUGGCGGUCUGCAUGCAGUGGCAGAGCUUAUAGAGGUUGAUCAUGAAGCACAUGGAAGUACAACAGGUGAUCAAUACUGCGUCACAUUGCGGCGGUAUGCGGGAAUGGCGUUGACAAACCUCACCUUUGGUGAUGGGGCUAACAAAGCUUUGCUGUGUUCCUUUCGACAGUUCAUGAAGGCCCUGGUUGCUCAGUUGAAGUCCCCAAGUGAAGAUCUACGACAGGUGACAGCCAGUGUCUUAAGAAACUUGUCAUGGCGUGCAGAUGGAGCCAGUAAGCAGACGCUUCGAGAAGUUGGCGCAGUCUCAGGUUUGAUGCAUGCUGCUAUGGAAGGGAAAAAAGAAUCCACACUAAAAUCCAUCUUAUCUGCGCUCUGGAAUCUCUCUGCACAUUGCAGCAUCAACAAGGUUGAUAUCUGUGCUGUUGAUGGUGCCUUGGGCUUCCUUGUUGACAUGUUAAGUUACAAAGCUCCAUCAAAGACGCUUGCGAUUGUAGAGAAUGCUGGAGGAAUCCUGCGCAAUAUUUCUAGUCACAUUGCUGUUCGGGAAGAUUACAGGACAGUUCUUCGAGAGCACAACUGUCUACAAGUGCUUUUGCAGCAGUUGAAGUCACCAAGCCUGACAAUUGUCAGCAAUGCAUGUGGAACACUUUGGAAUCUCUCGGCCCGUUGCGCCGAGGACCAGCGCGCAUUGUGGGACAUGGGUGCCGUUAGCAUGCUUCGGAGUCUUGUUCAUUCAAAACAUAAGAUGAUCUCCAUGGGAUCUAGUGCAGCAUUGAAAAACUUGCUAAGUGCAAAGCCAAACAAUAAUUUCCCUCCCCUAGACUCCACAGCAAAAGGUUUAGGACUUCCUGCUCUCCCAAGUCUUUAUGUUCGUAAGCAGCGAGCACUUGAACAAGAGCUUGAUGAGACUCUGUCAGAGACCUGUGACAACAUUGAACCAAGUACAUCACCCUCAGCUUCCACCGUCGGUUUGCGUGAUGAAAAAUUUGUCUUUUCAACAACAGAACGUUGCUUUGGUUCCGCAGAGCGACGUAACAGCAGGAUGUACCAUUCUUAUCAACAGCACCAACCUUCAAAGUAUCACUCGAGAGGAGCAGUAGCAAGAUCUGAUAGCAGGGAUUCUGUGACCAGCACUCUGUCAGACACAGUAUAUGAGCGUGUGAGCAGAACCAUCAUAAACCCACUAACAUAUGGGAAAGUAUCGCCAACAAAUGGGAUGUCACAAGGAUUGACGGGAAGUCUGAGUGAUUCCGGUCGUAUUAAUUCUCAGAUAUCAGGAGGUGAAAACUCUGAUCAAAGAUUUCUUCGUAGGUAUUGUAACAAUAUGAGAGAAAGAGAGGAGAAUAGGAAAGCCGAACCAUCGGAUCUUAGCAACGAAGACAAUACCGAGCAGUCUCUUUCCCAUUACGGUCAUGAAUUAUUGUACCAACAUACAAGAUUGGGUCAAAUCAGUGAAACAAACUUCUGUGAUCCUGCAAGGAAUCAAAUGAGUGUAACAGACCUCUCGAGGGACAUGGAGGCUCAUCGGUCAUCCAUAGAAAACCAGUGUGAUCCAAAGCCUUCAGAUAACAGGGAAGAAACUGGUGAUGACAGAGUCAGCAGCACUGUUUAUUUGGAUUCAGAUUCGUCUAAACAACCAAAGAACAUUCUGUAUGAUAGUAUGAGAUCAUUGAACCGGAGAUUAGCAUUUAGCCCUCUUGUUGCUGGAUCUUAUGGAAGUACCGCAAAUAGACUGCAGUAUCAGCAUUCGACACAGCAGCAAAGUUAUAUCGCCACCUCUUCUUACAACACGGUAAGAACCAAGUACUCUGACUUCGCAUACGAUGAUGAGACGGAAGGCCAGGAGCAGCCUGUGGAUUACAGCCUUAAAUAUGUUGAAGAGAACGCCCAGUCUGCAGAGACGGACGUGAUUACAGCUGAAAAUAAUCACAUAAAGACAGAAGGGGACAAAGAGUGUGGAGGCUCAGAAGAGUACCAGAGUUCUAGAAAGACGAACGGCAUGCGAGGGAAACAAAGCCAGAAUGAUUUAGGGCGUGGUUACUCAUACAGGCAUCAAGGGAAUGCCCAUGUCAGCAAAAACAUGAAGAUGAAUGUUGCGUAUGGAGAUUAUGCAGAAACUGACUUGGAUCAGCCAACAGAUUAUAGUUUGAAGUAUGCAGAAGGAAGUGAAGAGACAGAAUUUGAAAAGAAUCAUGAGCUCAGCGGUACAGAACCAGAGAGACCAGAGAGAAGUUAUUAUGAUGGUAAUGAUCCGAUUCAUGAAGAUACUUUGAAGACGUACUGUACAGAAGGAACACCGUAUGAGACGCCAUACAACUUUUCAACUGCCACGUCUAUGUCAGACCUUCACUGCGAACCUCCUACACCUCAUUCAGAAGACAGUGGAGAAAAGAAACGGCCAGAAAAUUAUACGAAAGGUGGAUCCGUAGAAGACAAUGCAAGCAAAAGUGUUGAUGAAAAUGAAAAUUGUAAUGCAGAAGUUCUAUCUAAUUUUGAUAAGGAUUUUACAGAAAAGGGACCUCAGAUGAAAGCCUUGCCUCCAGCUCCUAAACAACCACUGAAAAGGCUUCAGUCAGGUCUGAGUUCUGGCCUCAUGUCUCCUGAGAAACCUGUGCAGUACUGUGAAGAAGGUACUCCAGGCCAUUUUUCUCGCGUGAGUUCCCUCAGCUCCCUAAACAGUGUUCCAGCUAACGUGGACAAUGCACUUGAGGCCCCAUUAUCAUCAGGUCAGGCUGCUGACUCUGAUGCUACUACUUCAGAUCUGGAGCAGAAGCCAGGAGAUGACACUGCAGUAGAGGGUGAUGCAGAAAGCAAGGACAAGGUCGCUGAGAAAGAAAAAGGUGCUGGUUCAGCCAAUGCAGGGGGUGAGGCUUCUGGCCCUCCGGAAGAUGUGAAGGUGGAGCAGCAGCGAGGGGACAAGGAGGGCAAAGUGGUUACAUUUGGUGGCGCUGACCACUAUGCAGAGGAGACGCCCCUCAUGUUUUCGCGCUGCAGUUCUCUUGGAUCUCUCAGCAGUUUUGAGCAGCACUCUAUUCAUGAUGACCGCAGCUCUGUUGUCAGUGAUUUUAGCCGGCGAACAAGUGGUGUUGUGUCACCAAGUGAACUUCCUGACUCUCCGACACAGACUGUUCCAGUAAGCCCUCGUCACACAAAACCACCAGCAGAGUUCACUAGUAAAUUAAUAGAAGACGGUGGUAACAUCAGAGCGCAGCCUGUACCUGGAGCAAACAGGCUUGAAGGUACAGGACAUUCUAGUGCUGUGAAAAGCAGUGUAUUUGAAGAUGAUGUGGUAGCCUUCAAGGAAGAGGACACACCAGUUGAAUUUUCAAGAACAACCAGCCUCAGUUCCCUCACCAUUGACGAUGAACCAAAGAUUUCCAAUGACGCAGUGCUGAAGGAGGUGCUGGGGAAACCAUCAUCCCACGCACGCUCCAGCAACGUUCACCACGCAGCACGACUGGACUUGGUUGGACGAGAUCGGGAGGAUGGCAUGGAGAAACAAGAUGUGGAGAAGGAGAAGCGUGGGGAGCUGGCAGAUUGUUGUGAAUUGGCUCCAGUGAGUGAGGGUGAGGAGGAGAACGACGAAGAUAUGUUGGCAGCCUGCAUUAAUAUCGGAAUGCAAAACAGCAGGCAACGACAGUGUCAGUAUGGUGUUGAACAUGCCAACAAGAACGCUCCAGUUCAAGCACGUCAGCCUUCAGGUGUCGGCAGAUUCCAAUCUUCACCGCCUCAUUCACAAAUAUUACGUAGCGGACGUCCGAGUGGGAUCCCUGUUAAAACGUCUUCCAACAGCAAUCUGAAGCCGGGAAAAGUAAAUCAGCCAAGACAGCAGGAAGGAGCUGUAGAAAACAGUGCCAAGUGUGUGAACUACAUAGCAGCACCGGGAGGUGCGUGUGAAGAUGCGGUCCAGACUUACUGCACAGAGGGUACUCCUGCCAACAUCUCUCAUGCCGGGUCACACUCGGACCUCUCUGUCCUCUCACUUCCUGGUGACGGAGUUGAGACCGAGGUUCAGAGGUCAGAGAUACGCUUGGAGGGAGUGCGUGAGGUAGAGGAACCUGGUAGCAGUGGGGAGAGGGAAGUUGAGAAACCAGAACUCUCUGAUGAUAGUUCCAACUUCUCAGGGGAUAAUGACAAUAUUCUUGCCGAGUGUAUUCAGUCUGGAAUGCCCAAGGCUCGUAAUCAGACUUCGAGGAUAACUUUGGCCGAAACUGGAAGCAGUGCUGUUCCUUCACCAUCAGAACUGCCUUCUCAGCAACAUAAGAAGAUACCUACAGUCGUUCCUGGAGUUACUGUAACAGUUCUGCCAUCACAUCACCCUAUUGCAACAAAUUACAGGCCCCCAACCCACCAUCUGUGUGGCCUUGACCAUGGCAGUUCAUCUCUCUCAUCCCCACGCCCCACAAACAAGAAGCCGUCAGCACCGUCGAGCUCUCCUCGACCAAGAGCAACAAAUCACGGAGUGUCAGAUCAGCAUUCAGCGAGGCACAAGCCAAAAACUCAAGAUGAGGUGGGAGUGUCAAAGAAAAAGUUGAGUGGAAUAUUACAGGGGCCAAAUAUGCCACCGCUCUGUUUAGAUGCAAAGGACGAGGUGGAAACAUAUGCCACAGAAGGAAGCCCCAGUAUUUUCUCCACACGUUCGUCACUUAGUGACCUUACUAUGAAUUCAUCAGAUGGCCCUCCAGUCAAUUUACAGAGGUUGGUAUGUCAUCAUCCAGUUCCUGAGGGAGCAGAAUGUGUCAGCCCUGUACGAUUUAAUACAAAAGAUAUCCCUCUUGAGAUUUCCCUUAGCUCUCUGCAUGUAAGGGAGGAAGAAGAAGUUAUCUCAGGAAUGAAAACUGUGCAGCCAUCUGCAUUUGCCGGCUCACGUGAUACAGUACCUAGCCAGACAAGUGUCCCCACUGCUUGUUCAUCAGAUUCUGAACCAAGAUCAUGCAUUUCCCCUCUUAACAAAGUUGUAGACAGUGUAACUUCUGAAGCCACAGUGCAGUUGAUGAUAGCAUCUGAUGGAAGCUGGGGAGAUCAGAGUGACAAGCAUGAAGACUCGACAUCAUCAAAGUUACAGAACAAAACAAGUUCGAUCUCCGAAGAUGUGGUGACAGUUUUGUCUCGUAAUGGCUCUCUCAGUUCCCUUAGUGUAGACUCAUUUGGUUCAACAGAACCAACACCAUCAGAGCAGGCAUUACUUGAGCAAUGCAUCAAAGGAGUAUGUGGCAAGGCGAGAAUUGCCAUUCCAGUUAGCACCAAAAAGAAAAUUAGUGGGGGUGUGUGUAAGAUCCCACUUGCUACAGGAGAUCACAGGAGACCAGGAGAUGGGGAGAGGCAAGGCCCUGCGAUACCAAGUGUAGCGCUACAGAAACUGGAACUGAAACCAGUGGCUAGGCCCCACUGUGGGAGCGGUACAUGUGGUGCACUGGGGGCAUUAGAGAAUGACAUGGCUUGCCUGAACUUACGAGAUGAUACAAGCAUGUGCUCUUAUGAUGUCAGACAGAUUUCAAAAAACGGGGUGGUCCCGUCUGCUGCAUUGAGCCCGAAGGAAACUGCAGCAGACGUAAACGAAAGCAUCGCAGCCAUCAGAAGCGUGCAAAACCUACAAGACCAUCUGAAGAAUGGCAGUGAUAUACCAGAGAAUGUAGGGAUAACGGAGACAGGAUGUAAUUGUGUGUCUGCAACCAUUUUGGCAAAUAAAGCAAUCAACAGUGAUGCGGUUUUGGAUAUAGUAGAAAAUGCAAAACAUGUUCUUCAGGAACCUAUGAACUAUGUACGUGUUCCAAACAAGGAUGAAAAAAUUGAUGCAAUUGUGUUCAGAAAGUCUGCAGUGGCAGAAGAGGGUCAAAGUAGGCUUGAUAUGAAGUUAGAAGUGUACAGGAAGGCUUCAAGUCUUUCCUAUCUCAGUAAUAAAAUUGACAGCCCUCAUGAAAACACAAGUGAUGACAACAGAUCUCCACUCUCUUCUGAAGGAAGUCCCCCUGAUGACAUUAGCAGCGAUGGAAAUGUCGUACACUGUGACAGAGAGAGGAGGGAUCCAGAUGCAAUGAUCGCCUCCUUGGACCGUCUUACAGGUGAACUUGUACAGCAAGCAAAAGACAUGCAUCUUCAGAAAGAGCGGAACAAAGAUUCCAGCGUUAUGAAACAGAGCCUUGUUGGAAGUGACACGUGGAAUGAGGACACGUCACCCAAUGAUGUGUCAUUUCCGAGUAUGAGUAUAAGUGCGCCUCUUGUCGCCUCUUUCAAGAGUGACAAUCAUGAGGACGGUGCCGUCACAUUGCCAGAGCUGGCAGAAGAAGAUGAUCUCAUCAGUAAGACCAGUGAAGGACAGCAUGGCAGUUCCCUCACAGAUUCAUGCAUGAUUGAAGUGGAAGCUGGAAAAUUAGCUGUAGCUGUGCAAGCAGAAGGGCAGACUCUUCCAUAUAGCUCAGCUGAAGAAAUGGAACACAGUCUCACAAGUUUUAAUUCUGUAGAUCUAGAUGCAAUCAAGCCGCCAUCAAUGAUGGGGAGUCUCGUGUCUCUGACAGCAAGUCUGUCUGGUCAGUUCGACAAUGGUGAAAGUGGUGAAACAAGGGAGCAUUGUAAUUCACCAUCUGUUCCUCCUCCUCAGUCUCGUAAUAAUGGAACCAGACUGGAAUGUAGGCAUUCCAGAAAGAAGUCUCUUCCUGCCGGGAUGAUGGUUCGAAGAGCGCUAGGCAACAGUAACCACAAUGGAAGCAGUGAGAACCUUCAGGACAACACUAGCGUGUCCAGCAGCUGUAACUCUCACCUUGAUAACAUCAAACCUCCAUCAGCAAUGGAAGAAUUAAUUGAUAUUGUAGACAUGGAGAACAGCAUGGUUAGCGUAGCCAGCAUUACCUCAGAAGUUGCUGAUUCAUCAAACAAAGAGCAGUCCACUUCUGAGCAGUCACCAGGAAAUAGUGAUGGCAUAUUUGAACUUCUAAAACCAGCAGCCAGUGUUAUGGCUGAAGUGUAUGCAGCUGCAAUGUGCGCAAGUGUGCGCACCAGCAGUGCUAGUGAUUGCCUGGAUAACAUAAACCCUCCGUCUGCAUUUAAUGAGGUUGCAGAUUUGGCAGAUCCUGAAUCAGCUAUGGAGCCAGGUACAGAGACCAUCUGUAGUGAUACUGAGAUGUAUACAGAGGAUGCACAUUCCAUGGAAAAGCUAGAUGAAGUUGAUCCCCCAGAUUUGCCCUCAGACACCGGCAAGAAAGUUACCCCUGUUCUUUCAGACCAGCAUGUGACUAGUUCGGCAGAAUCCACACCUAAGAAACGCAGACAGCUCACUCCCAGACAGAAACGGCAGUUGGUGAAGGAGCGUUACAAAACAUACACCAUUACUGCUGAAGAGGAAAAGGAGAUUGAAGGCAAUGAAAAGAAGUUACCAUUACAGCCAGAUAUGUCAGUACAAGUUCCUGAAGCAGCAGCUUGUGACUCUGUAAGAGAUAGUGAAAAUUCAGAUCAGGUAGUGCAAGAAGAAGAGAAGCGUUACAGCAAGGUAACACCAAAACAGCGACGCCUCGAAGACAGACACAGAUUCCAAACCAGAGUUCUUGAUAAAUCGCCAUCUGUUGAUAUGAACCAUGAAGAUGGUGCAAAUGAACAAGUAUAUUCUGUUGAGAUCAAGGGAGAUUCAUGUCAAGAACAUCUUGAAUCCAUAAAUGCUGAUGCAGCUAAACAGAAGACAUUGAGGGUAAAAACACUGAAACAAAAGAGAGCAGAGGCAAGGGAACGGUUUCAGACUCGUACUCUUAGUGAAGAAAGCAAGCCACAGCAGAACAGUGAGACCAGUAACUGUGCUGCAGGUGAUAAUACAGGUUGCAUGUCUGUAGGUUGGGUUCAUACCAACCCAAGAGCUGAAACACUAGCUCUGAACUGCUCGGAUGUUGGUUUUCAUGAUGCCAACAUUGUCAUCACAACACUGAAUGAUUCAAGGCGACACAAUAGUGAAUCAUCUGAACUUCCAAGCAGUGAUGAGAUUCUCUUAGAAUGUGAAACGUUGAGCCUUAUUUCUAUUGAAUCUGAGCCAGAUCAAAGCUGUAACACUUGUAGGGUUGGAAAGAGACGAGGGUCAGACCUCAAUGGAAGAGAGCCUUCUGUUAGUGAAGAGCCUGGAGUAUUAAACACAGAAGAAGAAUUUGUAGAGGAGAAAAUGAAUGAGGAGGUUGAAGUUGAUACAGAGGAUAGGAAAUCUGUGGAUGAUAGUGAAGAGUUCCAGGAAGAUAAUGGUGAUGAUGAUUUGCCCAAACCAAGAGGACCACGAAUUGUGAAACCACAUGAAAAACUUAGAAGGGAUGAAAGUGCUGACUCAAACUGUACAGAUGAUGGAACACCUCAGAGUAACAGUCCUAAAUCCAUUCGUGGAAGACGAAAGGCUCUGUACUCAUCACCUUCAGCAAAGAAACAAACUGUGCCACAUCCAGGUCAGCCUGCUGCUAGGAAAGUUCAGAGUAGUAUUCCCAUCAUAUCUGGAGUGGCAAGUAACACAAGAUCUGUGAGAGCCUCCGUUUUGAAGCAGACUGUAAGGGGUUCUAGUUCCAGCACCUCAAAGCGAUCUGUCUCUAGAACUCCUCCAUCCUCCACGGAGAUCAAAAGUCCUCACAGCACAAGCCCAAAAACAAGCAAGACCGGAAAGAAACAGAAUCUGAACGGCGCGUCUCCAUCUGUUAAAACAACUGCAUCGAAAAAUAUUGGUACCACACACGCUCUUGGCAGGGAAAGCGAUGAACACGACGUUAAAGAUCCAAAGUUUAAGCCACCUGAAAGACAAGGCACAUUCACCAAGGAUGAAACCAGUUUGAUUACACCUAAGGUAAUGACACCACCUUCACCUACAAAAACAAGAAUUCCAGUUCCAGCUUCUGCUAGUACUGUCAGUGCUAAAUAUGAGUCCAAGUCAAAGAAGACUUCUGGUGCCACUAAACCUUGUUUUUCUGUUAAUUCUACCACUCCAAAGACAAAAUUUCGCAAAGAAAUAUCAUCUCCAGUUCUUACGAGACCUCUGGCUCAGAGAAGAUUCACAAGUAACUGUAGUCAAGAAAGCAGUGCUUUAGUCAAAAGUUCCCAGGCAGGAAACCCAAGGUCUCUUAUAAAGGCUGCAACAAUUCCAGGAAGAAAUGGUACCACUCGGUCUCCUCCUUUGUCAAGGGCAGGAUAUAAGAGAGGUAGUGUUGGUGCACAAGAGGCCAUGAGGACGUCUCUCAGUAACCAGAGUCUGCAGAGCAAUGGAAGUGGCCAGACAACUCCAAAGCAAGGAGCAGCACAGCCUCAGAGAUCUAAUAGUAAUUGCAGUUUAAAUUCUGUUGCAUCUGGGGGAGGUUCAGGCAGCAAAAAGACUGGCACUAGGAAAGAGAUAACAAGCAAGAUUGCAAGCUUGUGGAAACGGGUUGAGGAGAAUAAAAGCAAACAGAAAUCUGCCAAAGAUACCAGAGUGUGGAUCACUACAACACAUGAUGAUGCAGGAAAUGACAACGAUGGUACUGGGGUCUCUGCCGCCUUCCCACCCAGUUCUAGACUUGUUCGUAGCUCAACUUUUGAAGGGCUUCCAUCCAAGUCUACCUGUAAUGACGAGGUUGACCAAAAUGCAAAAAUUGCUAUAGAAACUGCAAAAGCAAACAAGACCAAAAUAAAAAUGAAGUUAUCGAGAUAUACUGGAAAAUGUGAGAGUAAGGGUAGUCAUGGCUCGGAAGAUUUGACAAGGUUUGUUGCAAAUCAAGAACCAUCAUCAAAAUCAUCGGUUACGCAGAAGCAAGUAGCUGAGGUAACGGGUGUGGUUAUAGCUCAACCCGCAGGCAAGGUUGUGCCUACAUCUGGACUUCAUGUUAUGAACAAAGAGCAAGAUGAAAUUCCUACCCAGGGAGUUGUUCUCAGGAGACAGCGCAGUGAAACGAAGUCAGGUGGAUCUGAUAAUGUAAACACGGAUUCUGAAAAGCCAAAACGAUUGUCAAGACUAGGCUCAUUUAUAAGAAUUGAUCCUCCUGAAGAAGGAAUAAUCAGUAUUGGUGAUAGUAAAAAUAUGUCAAAACCUCCGGCUUCUGCAAUAGUCCAGCCUUUCAACUACAGCCCACCCACAACAACAGCCACCGCCCACAUUCCAACACAUGUCACUUCCAUUACCAAGAGAAGUGAAUCAUGUCUGAGUGGAAUUGAUAAUGUAGAGGAUCAGACUGAAGUGUUCGAUGAAGAGGUGCAGGAGUUUAAUACAGCUUCCAUGAGAGUCACGACAGUAUGAAUGACAAUGCAAGGACCUCAAAAAAUGGGACAAUUUUAAUUAAAGACAUUGCCAGUGAACUGAUUCUGUGGGCAUAAUGAAAGUUUGAAGUGGACUUCAGAGCAGGUUUUCAGGUCAUUCCCAUGUCAAAAGUUCAUUGGUCAAUUGGUGAAGUUUCCUUGUAAUGGGGAGUCACUCUGUACAAUGUGCAACUUUUGAGAUUUUUUGAAAGGAACUUUUGUGUCUCCCAUUCUUUGAUCAGUUUUUGAAUUAUACUUCACGUUGCUGUCUAAUCAAAGACGGAAGUGUGAAGAUUUGAUUCAUUGUGUUUUGUAUAUAUGCAGUAUUAGUCUUAAAACCAUAUACACACAUAAAAUUAGAAGCGUAUUCUUCACUUGUAUACACGGCUGUCUUAUUAUAUUCUGGCUGACUCUACUGUCCAACAAGAGCUACCCAUGUCUUGUGUAACAAAAGUGUUUUUCUGUUACGUUUCAAAUUGGCUAGUAAGCUUUGCGUAUGUAAAUAUUUUGUAGUGAAUGCACGUUAUGUUCGUAUUUAGAUGAGAACUGCCAGUUAAUUUAUUAUAAACAGUUUACAAUGAAAUCUGAUAGUUACAGAAUUCCAUUGAUGAUUAAUAAUAAUAAUGGUGAAUGUUAACAUUGUUAUGGAGUGUGUAUGGAAUGUGAUUAUUUUGCAAUGCAUGGGUUUAUAAAGGGCCUAUGAGAAACUUUUUUACUCUCAGUAUUGUAGAAUUUUGUGAUGAUAAGAUUUCAUUGUAAAUCAGAUGAAAGGAUGCCUUUUCUUUAGGGUUUUUUCUUGUAAAUUUGUUCUAAUAUGAACUGUGCAGUAAAAAUGUAAUCUUAUAUUAAGUGUAAAUGUGGAUAUUGCAAAUCAUCGCUAUGUAAUGUGAAUAUGAGGAUCGCUGACAAAGCUGACAAACCAAAAAGAGGGGGUCUGUAUGUGUUUUGCUUUUCUAUGGAACUGCUGGCGUAUGAUGGAAAUCCAUACAACUCUCAAAACAAUACGGUUACUUCUUUUUCUGUGUUGGCUCUUAGGUACAAACUAAGCACUAUUGCCAGGCAGCUGAGUUCCAUAAAUGUAAUUGGAAUGAAACUCCCGAGUUCAUAACUCGCAUUUUGUGGUAGGCUAAAAACAUGCCUCAUUCUGCACUGAAAAUAUGGAAAUAUUAUAAAAUUUAUUCUACAGUUUAUUUAGUUUAUGUAAGUUUUUUUAAAAAUUUUGUUAGUACUUUAAAACAAUUAGGUGAUUAGAAACACUCUUUAAGGGCAUCCUGAUCUAUAAAAUGCUGUAAUUAUGGUAAUAAUAGCAAAUAUUAUGCAUGUAAACAGCUUUGUUAUUUCAGUGUCUUUUCACCACUUACCAAAUGUUGUGGUCAAGUGGUUAACAUUCCUUCAUAUACGGGAGGUCCUGGGUUCAAAUCUUUGCCUGGAGACUGGUUAACCUGACUGAGGUUUUUUGCAUUGUUUUCCUCAGUCCCUCCAGGAAGUGCCUUAAAUUAGGCCAUGACCGCUUCCUUCCACAUCCCUUCCAUUUCACUGAUGCUAUAUAAUCUGAGCUACUGACAAAGUGUCAUUAAAUAAGCUAUAAAUAAAUAUUUUUCACCACUAUGUCACUACAUGUUUUGGUCAACACUGACCAUCUUCAGGAGGUACACAAAGGCUUUUUACUAAACUGUGUGUGACAUAUCAUCUGUUAGGGUUAAAAUAUAUAAAAAUAAUAUUGUCUAUACUUAAAAAGAUGACAUUUUAAGCCUUAAAGGUACUUCUUGUGUUGGUACAGUGGUUCCCAUCAUGUUUGAGAUUGAAGUACAUUAAACACGUGGUGAACAUAAGAUACUGAAAUAAUAAAGCUCUUUAGUUGGAUAAUAUUUACUGUUAUUAAUAUUAUUACAGAUUGAAAACAUUUUUGUGGUUGACAUUGCAGUUAUAUGAAGUGUUCAGACCAAUUCCCAUUGAUGGCUGUCUUCUGGGUUGUACUGUGUAGUGUGGUAGAAGUAUACCAAUGCUGCCUCCAUCAUCAGGGUACCCUGAUGAUGGAGGCAGCAAGGAUCUCUGGAACGCUGGUAAAUUUAUGCCAGACUACAUGGCACAACAGCCAUCUUCAGACUCACGACCAUGAAAACCUCAAAUCCUACACAGCAGUUUCCAUUGUUGUUUGUAGAUGUAUAAACCAGCAUUUAACAAGAAUUGAGUUUUCUAUCAAGCAUGAAAUUCUUAUUAUUUUUGUUCCUAACAUUUUGUAGAUUGAAGCUCUUAUUAAGAUUUUAUCUGAUACUCGUAUGAACUUCGUUUCACAUUGGGCAUAAGUUUAUGAUUUCAUCGAGUACUUUGAUGUAUAUAAUUCGCAUUUUUAAGUGGGAAAUGUAGGUAUGGUUUGUCAUCUUUGUUAGCUUGAACACAAGUUCUUGAGACUGAUGGUGAUAAAUUAUUACAUAGGAGAAACAUAAUGUGCUUGCCACUUAUUUUUGAAGAAUUGUAAUCCAAGAAAUUAAUGCAUGUGGUUGCAGUCAACAAACAAUGCAUGAUCUUCUAGUCUGUGUUUUAACCAACGUGUUCCAUUUUGCAGACCUAAUAUUGUACAUCGUUUGGUGGAAGGAGUAUGCAAAUUCAUCAAAACCAAACUCCAUUAAUUUAUUAUGUCAUUUAUAGUGUUUUAGUGUAGAUGGUGCAGUUAUUAUGCCAAAGUGCUAGUUUCACAUUAUAAUUGCAUUAGAUGUGUUACAUUUUACAUUACUUUUAAUUCAGUCUAGAAUUGAAUUUUAUACUGCUUUCAGUUUUUGUAUAAAACUUCAUAAAUUACAGUUGUUACUAUAAAAAAUUACAAGUAGCUUCACUAUUCCCAGACUUACUGUUUAUCUGUAAUUUCAAAAUGAUGUAUUUUUUAGAAAGAAGUAAAUCUGAAAUCAGAUUAUAUUUUGUCAGACUGAAGAUGGUUGCCUGCUGGGUUCUUGCACCAUGUAGUCUGGUAGAAGUUUACUGACGUCUCAGAGGUCCUUGCUGCCUCCAUCAUCAGGGCAAGGACCUCUGAAACGUCGGGAAAACUUCUACCAGACUACAUGGUGCAACAACCCAGAAGACGGCCAUCUUCAGACUCACCGCCGUGAAAACCUCAUAUCCUACAUUUUGUCACACUCUUUACAUUUCUGUUACAUAACACAGUAAGCUAGCUAGCAUGUGCCAGUAAUAAAACACUGGCCAUCUUUCAGAUAAUGGAUCUUGCUUACUGGUGUUAACAGAAGGAUUUAGAAUAACAUUUACUUCCUUCCAGAACAGCUUAAGUCGUGUAAUUUAAGCUAGUUUCUUGGAUGCAUGGAAGCCUUAAUUUUAUCACUAAUCAUUCUUUUUUCAGUUGGUGUGCAGUUUGGUUUUGACUUGAAUACUGGUUGCAAAAUAGAAUCAGCAUAAAUGAUAAAGCCCUUUGGUUCCUUUCUUCACAUCAGUUGGAUAUAAUAAUGCUGUUUGUACUGGAAUAUUAUCUGUGAAUGGAGUAUGGGUUCCAAUAAAUAUAUUGUGAAAUUACAAUGUUGAUUCAUGAA